CAGCAAUGCAUGGAUGCUGACAGCGCUCAUUGCGUCUCGGUACUGGCAGCAUGGAGGUUGAGGCUGACCUGCGUCCAAUACUCGGUCCAGCGCUAGUUCGCCUGGAUCCUAUGCGAAUUAAGCAAUUACAAUCACCAGUAGUCUACAAAGCGAUUGACGAUUUGGCGAAACUCUCAGCCCAAUGCAUGCAAGUUCGAGCACCGUUGACAUCAUGCGAGAAACUGGUAACAUCCGAUCAUACCCUGUACCUUAGCUGGGAAUUCGAUGAGGAGAAGAAUAUUAGCCGUCUCCUUGGUUAUGCAAAAGUUGGAAGGAAAAAGCUGUUCCUUUAUGAUUCCGAGAUGCAAACAUAUGAAGGAGAGAUCUUAUGUCUGCUUGACUUCUAUGUGCAUUUUGCUGUACAACGAAAAGGACAUGGAAAAGCUAUCAUCGACUACAUGUUACAAAAUGAGCAUGCUGAACCUUACCAGCUAGCUCUGGACAAUCCAUCGGUGACACUUCUUGGCUUUCUGUCGCAGCGAUAUGGUUUAACGAAGCCAGUGUGGCAGAACACAAACUUUGUCGUAUUUGAACAGCUUUUCAAAUCGGUUAACACUAAUGGCACUGUGGAGAGCCCUCCAGAAGGUUGGAGUCGACCUCAAACACCUCGAAAAAUCGGCAGCGGAGCAACCGAAACGCGCUGGCUAGAACAUGCCAUCAGUGGACAUGCCUCAAAGGGUCACGCAAUGAAUGCGGCCGUAGAAGCCGAUCAAACUCCAGAAGGCGCAAUGGCUAAUCGUGCUAAUCAAGCAAAAGCACGCAAAGCGCACAUUCUCUCAAGCCAACCGCUUUGGUAGACGAACUGCUUCAGCUUCCAGACGCUACAGACACUGCAUUAGAAAGUCGUUCAAGCUUAGCGUAACUCGUUCGUGAUUUGUGAAGAUUUAGCCCCAUGUUAUCCCGUUAGACUUUCAAAACUUCCCACCAUUUCCUUGUCAUUCUUCCAUACAUGCAUGUUCUCCAACAACAACUUCUCAAAAAGUGAC